UCAGCUCCCAGCUUCAACCCAAUCCAAUACCUCCCUCUCCCCGUCUCUACACACCUUCCUCCUCCUUGAGGUUGAGGGACACCAAGCGCAACUCGACUCACCACUGCAAUGAAGAGCAGGAGGCAGAGCGACCGCGGAGGAGCCGCCGCCGGCGCCAUGGCGCUGGACGGGAGCCACCACACCACAAGCAGCGGCAAGAUGGAGCGCAAGGACGUGGAGAAGAACCGGCGGCUGCACAUGAAGGGACUCUGCCUCAAGCUCUCCUCCCUCGUGCCCGCCUCCUCAACCCACCACCUCCGCCAUUAUUCUUCUUCCUCUUCCUCGCCGCCGUCCAGCAACAAGGACGCGGCGACGCAGCUGGACCAGCUGGACAGCGCGGCGGCGUACAUCAAGCAGCUCCGGGCCAGGAUCGAGGACCUCAAGCGCCGCAAGCAGGCCGCCCUCUCCGGCAACACCGUUGGCUGCUCAUCCUCCGUCUCCGCCGGCGACUACAAGUCACAGACGGCAGCGCUGCCUGUGAUCGAGGUGCGGCACCAGGACGGGACGCUGGACGUGGCGCUGGCGAGCGAGGCCGGGCGUCCCUUCCGGCUGCACGAGGUGAUGGCGGUGCUGGAGCAGGAGGGGGCCGAGGUGGUCAGCGCCAGCUUCUCCGUCGUCGGCGACAAGAUCUUCUACACGCUCCAUUCCCAGGCGCUCUGCCCCCGCAUCGGCCUCGACGCCGGCCGCGUCGCCCAGAGGCUCCGCGGCCUCGCCGCCGCAGCCACCGUCUCGGCGCUGCUGACAUGAUUUUGUCUCUCUAGCAUUUUCUUUUUUUGCCAUGGCGACCCGAUCGACUGACCUGCAAGGAGAUGGAUGGAGCUGGUAGAUUGAUUAAUUUGCAGCUGUGCUGCGGGUAGUUGAUCUUUUCCCCCCUCUUGUACUAGUAUUCUUCCUGGCUUUCUAUUGGUAGGUUGGUUGGCUAAUGGCUCCUCACUCUGCUUGUGAGUGAGCUUCAGGUUUGUCUGAAGGAAAUCUAGCGUGUUGCUACUUAUGUAUACUUGUUCUGAGACGUUGUGUUGUUCAGGA